AUGCUGAAACGGUUGCAAAUGGGCCUUCGCGCGUUCAUGCUGCUCGCAUCAAAAGUAUGGAGUUGUUUUUGUUAUAUGUUUAAGAAGCAAUAUCGAGCGUUGGCUCAAUAUCAAUCCGUCAAAUAUGAGAUGUAUCCGCUUUCGCCCGUAUCUAGACACAGGCUGAGUCUAGUAAAAAGAAAAAUGCUGGUACUAGAUUUAGAUGAGACGCUGAUCCAUUCACAUCACGACGCGAUGCUGCGGCCGACUGUGAAACCUGGCACGCCACCAGACUUCGUGCUCAAAGUUACGAUAGACAAGCAUCCUGUGCGGUUCUUCGUGCAUAAAAGGCCGCAUGUCGAUUACUUUUUGGAUAUAGUAUCACAAUGGUACGAGCUGGUGGUGUUCACAGCGUCGAUGGAGAUCUACGGAGCCGCUGUCGCUGACAAACUCGACAACGGGAGAGGAAUACUGCGGCGGCGGUUCUACAGACAGCACUGCACAGCAGAAAACGGUUCCUACACAAAGAAUUUGUCGUCCAUAUGUGACGACCUCAACAGGGUGUUUAUAUUGGACAACUCACCGGGCGCGUACCGGGAUUUUCCAGACAACGCAAUCCCAAUAAAGUCGUGGUUCUCGGACCCGCUAGACGUGGCACUGCUGAACUUGCUGCCAGUGCUGGACGCGCUCCGCUUCACGCACGACGUGCGCUCCGUGCUCUCGCGCAACCUACAUCUGCACCGCCUCUGGUAG